UUGACUUUGGAGUACACUGUGUGGUGUACAAGAUAAGAGAGAGGAGGCUUAUCUGCUCGCGGUUCAAGACUCUCACCUCCAGUUCCAGCGGAGAAGCCGACCAGCGAGCGCACGCUUCCGCCUUUCGCGCUGAACAGAAAAUUCUUUUAGCUGCCUUCGCGCCAAAAUGGACAAGUCGGUGCUGAGUGUGGGGGUGCUGGGUUUGGGCUUCAUGCUACUCUUCACGGCCUUCCAGACAAUGGGCAACAUUGAGAAAGUCGUCAUCGACAGCAUUGCGCGCGACGAUACAACUUUCAGUGGCGAUGGAUACGUCAGCCUUGCCAUCAUCUACGCCACUUUCGCCAUUUGCAACUGGCUAGCACCUUCCGUUGUAGCACUGCUGGGCCCCAGGGGCGCCAUGCGGCUUGGUUCACUCACAUACUGCAUAUUCACAGCAUCCUUCCUGUGGCCACAGACAUGGCUUUUGUAUGCCGGGAGUGCUCUUCUGGGCAUUGGAGCUGCUGUAACGUGGAACGGUCAGGGAGUGUAUUUGUCGCGAUGCAGCAACAGUAGCACCAUAUCGCGCAACAGUGCUAUCUUUUGGGCAAUGCUACAGGCCUCCAUGUUGCUGGGAAAUGCAUUUGUUUGGCGGGAAUUCAGCGGGAAGACGGAGAUCAAUGUAGACACUCGAACACUGCUCUUCAGUGUCCUCGUUGUAGUGGCCCUUCUGGGCGUUUUUGUCCUUUUUGGACUUCCGGAGCACAAAUCAGCUCACAAGCCUGGUCGACCACUGGCGGAGAUUCAUUCAGCAAUGAAGCUCCUUGUCACGCCCAAAAUGGGUCUUCUCAGCAUCACCUUCCUGUACAGCGGGAUGGAGUUGUCGUUCUUCAGUGGUGUCUAUUCGCCCACUGUUGGCUUCACAAAUGCCCUCGGAGCUAAACAUCUCGUUGGUCUGAGCGGUGUAUGCAUUGGCCUUGGUGAGGUUGUUGGUGGCAUAGCAUGUGGCCUAGCAGGGACGAAACUCAGACGAGAUGCUAUCCUUUUCGGAGGCUACAUCUUUCAUGCCAUAGCCUUUGCAACAAUUCUAAUUAAUCUGCCCGAUGCUGCGGUUUUCGGUGAAACCGAUGCUACGAGCUUACUGAAUCCCCCAUCGGCAGCUCUAGCCCUUGUGGCGGCCUUCCUCCUCGGCCUAGGUGAUGCGUGCUUCAAUACACAGAUUGUUGCACUCCUCGGUGGAGUUUUUGCCUCCCAGUCAGCAGCUGCUUUUGCUCUAUUUCGUUUCAUGCAAUCCCUGGCAGCUGCUUCAGGGUUUGCAUACUCAACAGUGCUAGGUCUGCGGUUCCAGCUAGCACUUCUGGCCACCAUGGGGGCACUCGGGACACUCGCUUUCUGGCGCGUCGAAUGGAGGACGCGUGCUGAAGCGGAAACAAUUUGCACGGAGACUGAGAAGAAGAGCCUUCGCGAGAAUGAAAUUGAAUAGAACUAACUCUAAUGUUUUGUAAAAUAAUUUUAAAAAUGAUUUUUAAUAUAAAGUUCUUUAAUA